AUGGACCCCUUCACCGAGAAGCUUCUUGAACGAACCCGUGCCAGGCGAGAGAACUUGCAGAAGAAAAUGGCUGAGCGACCCACAGCAGGAAUGAGGCCCACGCUGCAGACAAAGAGAACUAGAGAACCUUUGUCAGAAACUAGUAACCAGUCACCUUUGCCCAGUGAAGAAGCGAAACCUAGUACAAAGCCAUCCCCAUCAAAAAGGCUCUGUUCUGACAGCAUGGAGGUUCCCGUUUCUAGUUCAGAGAAUAGACAGCCAGUUAAUUCAACUUCCAUGAAACAUCUUCCUCCUGAGAUGACUGCACAGCCACAAGCAACUGCAAAUAACAGGGCUCCCUCAGGUCAGCCUGUUCCACUGCUUGUUGAGAAGGAAGAGCAGAACUUGAAAUCUGAAGUACCUGUAGCCCUUACAGUCAAAACACGUAUGCAGAAACUGGCACAACAGCGACGUUACUGGGAUGAUAAUGAUCCAUCUGAAAGUUCUCCCCUAUCUCCCCUCCUGUCAAAAGAACAGGCUGUUUCCCCACCCAAACAGCCAACUCUUGCAAGUGACACCCCAGUUGGGAGAAAAGGCCGUUUAGCUAACCUUGCUGCUACAAUUGGUUCCUGGGAAAAUGAUCUAAGUCAUCCAUCUGCAAAGCAAAACAAUACACAAGAACAGCCUGGCACUACUUGUUUAUCCAAAUUGUCUACUACAAGUGAAGCAUCUGCUCGAAUCAAUAGCGGCAGUGGAAAGCAGGAAGCUGCAUCCUGUUCUCAAAGGGCUAUUGAAUCUGUAAAUAAACCAGCAACCUCUAAGAUAUUGGGACCAAAUUACUUAGCAAAAUCCUCUAGAGUAACCAAUCCCAGUCCUAAGGAACCUGAGGUACCACAACUAUUAAAAAAGAAGCCCUGCAGCCCCCAGAAAACAGAGGAACUUAAGCCAACAAUAAAACCAAUCUCAUCCCAGCCAGUUCAGUCCAAAGAAGAGCCAAUCAAAAGAACACAUGUGCAACUUGAACAUAAGGAUAAGCCUACAACACCAGGGGGAUCAGGAAUCAAACCCUUUCUGGAACGUUUUGGAGAACGGCUUCAAGAGCAUAGCACUCAAAGUCCUGCUACAACUACUACUGGGUACAGAACACCCAUUAUUACCCCAAACACAAAGACAAUCCAGGAAAGACUUUUCAAGCAGAAUGAAACGUCCUCCACUGCCAGUCUAGCACAACAGCUCAAGCAGGAACGUGAAAAAGAACUUGCUUGUAUUCGUGGCCGGUUUGACAAGGGCAGUCUGUGGAGUGCUGAGAGAGGUGAAAAUUCAAAAAGCAAACAUCCAGAAAUUAAAAUGGAAAGCCAAGCUCAAGCUAGUUCAAAACAGCUCGCUAGUUCAGAUGCUACUUCGCUUGUAGCAGCAGAAAAGACCACAGCAUCUGAGAUACCAGUAAAAUCUCUCCCCUCAGAAUCUUCAGAUGCUUCAAAAUGUGGAGAGACUGAAAAACGCAGUCCUCUGAAGACCACGUUGCUAAAGAAUCCACUAAAAGUAGUAUCUGUCUCAAAGCUUGAGCAAUUUACAGAGAAAGAGAAUGAUGGAGUAUGUGAAAUUGAGAGGAGUGUGAAUGAUGAAAUGAAUAGCUCAAAGGUAAUAAAUGACAUCUUUGAUGAAGUUCUUCAAGAGGAUGGACCAGACAUAGAAAAACUAAAGAAAGAAAUGAGUAUGAACCUGGAAGCUGAGAGUGAUGAUGAGCAGGAAGAUUCAUUGAAUAUUUCAUCAAUGUCUCUGCUAACUCCGUUAGCAGAGUCUGUUGGUGUUGUAAGUCCAGAGGUUUUUGUUUCUCCUAGUAGGUCAGUUGCUGAGAUCAGCAGUAUAAGUGAUGAAAGUCCAAAGUCUGGCAAAUUCCAAAGGACACGGGUCCCUAGAGCAGAAUCUGGAGACAGUAUUGGCUCCUUGUCAGAAGAACACAACCUUCUAUAUAGCAUUGAUGCUUAUCGAUCUCAAAGAUUUAAAGAAACAGAUCGUCCUUCAAUAAAGCAGGUGAUAGUUCGCAAAGAAGAUGUUGCUUCUAAACUAGAAGUAAAAAGGAAUGGAACUUCUGAUCAAGUUAAUAUUAAACAGAAAAUGCAGGAGCUGAAUAAUGAGAUCAGUUUGCAGCAGACUGUGAUUCAUCAGGCCAGCCAAGCUCUGAACUGCUGUAUUGAUGAGGAACAUGGAAAAGGGUCACAAGAAGAAGCUGAAGCAGAGAGACUUCUCCUUCUUGCAACUGAAAAGAGAAAAGCUUUGCUUGAAGAGCUCAACAAAUUGAAGAAUGAGGGACCUCAGGGCAAAAAAAAUAAAGCUGCUUCUACGCCCCGUGAAUUUGCUCCGUCCAGGGGAUCUGUUACUCUUUCAGAAAUGCGACUACCUCUGAAAGCAGACUUUGUCUGCAGUACAGUUCAGAAACCAGAAGCAACUAACUACUACUACAUAAUAUUGUUGAGAUCGGGAGCAGAAAACAUGGUAGCAACUCCCGUAGCAAGCACUGCAAAUUCCCUAAAUGGAGACGCUCUUACUUUUACUACAACGUUUACUCUGCAAGAUGUGUCCAAUGCCUUUGAAAUAAAUGUUGAAGUUUACCAUUUGGUACAGAGGAAAGACGGCACAGGCACUACUGAUAAGAGGAAAAAGUCAAAUAAGUCAAAGGUUAUUACUCCAAAGAGAUUAUUGACAUCUAUUACUACUAAAAGCACCCUCCUUACACCAGUCAUGGCCAGUCCAAGUGGUCCCAAUGCUGUGCGCACUAGUAACUUUGUACUUGUUGGAUCUCACAAGAUUUCCCUGUCUUCAAUAGGGAACUCCAAAUUUACUUUGGACAAGAUAAAUUAUGGAGGGAAGGAAAGAGAGCUACUGGACUUUAUGUUCCAGGACAAGGUUCCCUUUUUGUCUCCUUUGGAAGGCCAUAUACAUCUAAAACUAAAAUGUCAAGUAGACUCCUUUGUGGAGGAAAAAGGAUUUUUGACUAUGUUUGAAGAUGUUAGUGGAUUUGGGGCUUGGCAUCGGCGCUGGUGUGUACUUUCUGGAAACUGCAUCUCUUAUUGGACAUAUCCAGAUGAUGAAAAGCGAAAGCAUCCUAUGGGCCGGAUAAACUUGGCUAACUGCACUAAUCGUCAGAUUGAACCAGCCAACAGAGAGUUCUGUGCCCGACCCAACACUUUUGAGCUAAUCACUGUCCGACCUCAGAGGGAAGAUGAUAGAGAGACUCUGGUCAGCCAAUGUAAAGAUACUCUCUGUGUUACCAAGAACUGGUUAUCUGCUGAUACUAAAGAAGAGCGUAACCUUUGGAUGCAAAAACUCAACCAAGUUCUUGUUGACCUUCGUAUGUGGCAGCCUGAUGCAUGCUACAAACCUAUUGGAAAGCCUUGA